GCCCUUCUGGCCCAAGGCGCGCUUGGCGACACCCGCCACUGCCCUUCGCCCUCCAUGUGCCACCCCUGCGGGCGCCCUCGCUCCGGCCGGGGAGGCCGUGCGGCCCGCCGAUGGAGCCGGACCGCCAGCUCGACUGCGGCGACGUCACCGCCUCGGCCGCAGCUGACGGCGCAGCGGCGAGGGCGAGCGCGGCGCCCGGGGCGGGCUCCGCGGCGCCCGCGCUGCGGGGCGCCGUCGUGAUCGGCGCCACGUCCGAGGGGGGCUCGGCGCUGUGCGGGCCCCCGCUGGAGAGGAGGCCGAGGGGGAGGACGGCGGCAAGCAGCGGCCCGACGCAGCCCCGCGGUUGCAGUGGAGGCGGCGCGGCGCCCGUCGCACGCGGAGCGGGGAGCGUGAUGUCGGCGGCGGUCUCGGAGGCGCCUUCCCGAUUCGACGACAUCGUCGUCGCGGGCACGGUGGAGGGCGAGCGUUACAGGAAGCUCGGCGAGCUCUCGGGCACUGGUCCGGGCGCCGUGGACUGGGCGACCUUCGCAAGAGUCAUGAGCACGUUGAUGGGCGACCUCGUUACCGACAGCGACCUGCGGCGGGAGUGGGCGGACGCGGGUGAUGCGGGCAUGACUCUGAGUCGCAUGUACACGCUCGUGACCUCCCCGGAUCACUACCACAUCGCCGGUGCCCUGGACAGGGGGGUCGCCCUGGGCAAGCCGGCGGCCGAGGCGCGGCCGAGGGAGCCUCCCGGGCCGCACACCGCCUCGCGGGCCUGCGAGAGGGCGGCCGCGGAGGACGUGCAGGGCCUGACCCUGACGGCGAGGCUCUGCUACACCAUCCUGGCUUGCUUCGCCCACUGGUUCGGCGCCGCGCGCUUCGACGCGGACGGGGACGGCGACUUCGACGCCGUGGACGUGCAGGCCAUGCUGGGCGGCUGGAGCAGCAGGCUCGCGCUCCAGCGCGUGCGGCCGCCGCGCGGCGGGAAGGCGAGGGCCGCGCGUCGCAGGAGGGCAGAGGCGAGGAAGGAAAAGCAGAGGGAGGCCGGGAGGGCAGAGGGCGCGAGAGCGCACGGCGGGGCCGUGCGCACGAACGGGGGGGCGGGCGGCGUCACGGGGGCCGCCGAUAGCAUGGUUGAGCACGUCCUGGAUGGCGUGGCGGGCGUCCUCGAGGCCGAAGUCGAGGCGGAGGCUCAGGAGGACGUGGUCCUCGAGAACCUCCAGCAGCGCUUGCCCUACUUCACCAUCGCCGAGGCGUUCCUGUGCCUAGGCCUCUGGCUGUUGAGCGUGCUGCUUGUGGAGAGGGACUAUCUCCUGCUCGCUUAUAAUCAGGGCGUCACACACGAUCUCAUUCUGCGGACGCUCGAAAAGGGUGACGGUUCAGCGCUGAUCUUAGAGGAAUGCCAGAUCGAAUGCACCUUCGCUGAUGCCGCGUGCGUGGGCAUCGCUUGGCUCCCGGGUCCGUUUCCGGAGUGCCACUUGCUCGCUCAGUUGCCAGGCGCCGCCCUUUCUGGCUCAGGUGGGUACUGCAGGCAUGACUCGUGGGAUUGGCGGGUGUACGAAAAGGGCGCGUUCACUCUCACGGGCGCGGUGGGUUCAAAAGGAGGGGCGGAGAGCAUGUGGCCAGGGCGCACCGCCCUGCGCUCCCACUACCUCUGCCAGGAAGGGUUCGGCAUCAGUUUCUUGUGGAGGUGGUGGAGCUAUCAAUUCACCCACGGCAGCCUUGCUCACGUUACCGCGAACUGUUUCAUGACGCUCAUGUUCGGCAUUCCUUUGGAGGGAUGGCUGGGAACAGGCAGAAUGGCCAUCAUGUGGACCCUGGGGUGCUUGGGCGGCGCCUGCUGCUGGGCCCUUUUCGACCCUUACCGCACCUCGUACGGCGCCUCUGGAGGAUGCUUCUCUUUGCUUGGCAUUCACAUCGCAGACCUGCUCAUGAAUUGGGGUGACAGAAAGUGGCGCUUUGGCACCUUCGCCAUGAUCAGUUUUAUCUGCGGCGUAGAGAGUGCCAGCUUCUGGGCGACCUACGAUCCGGAUGGCGGUACAACAGCACACUGCGUGCAUGUCGGUGGCUUGGCCGCUGGGCUUCUGAUCAGCGUCACAGUUGGCCGCAACGAGCAUUGGAAGUUUUGGGAGUACGUGUGCUGUUGCAUCUCUUGGUGUCUUGCCAUUGGCCUUCUCGGCGGAAGUUUCUACUUCUGGUUCGAGAACGAUUAUCCCGCCAUCGCCAAUGUGUGGGACUAUUCUGAGCGCCCGUGGUGCUGGAUUGGGAAAGUAUGCAUCGGUGAUGAUGGUACGAAAUGUCCGCUGCUGAAGACAUUCCCGACUCUUGCGACGGGUGCCUCCACAGUGGAGGAGACGCGGCAGCAGUGUGUUUUCUGCGCUACGAGGAGCUGCGUGGAGGGCUGGUACACGAAAUACACCGCCGACGACGGCAUAGAACACCAGAAGUACUGCCCGACGGCCUCGACGCCAAGCGCAUGCUCCGACGACUUUACCGACGACUGGAACCUUUUCUACCCUCCCACCAGGAGCAAGUUCCAGGGCUAGACUUAGACGACGCGGUCCGCGGGCCCGAAGGCCCCCCCCCGCCCGCGACGCGGGCAGGCGGGGGCUCCGGCGCCCGCCUGCGGCUCCGAGAGCGUCAGCCUCGCCGACGCCGAGGUGGCGGAGGACCCUGCGGUGCGAGCCACGACGUCACGGACUGUGCGUGCUGCCCAGUGGCCCGCGGGGGCGCGGCAGUCGUCGCACCUCGCGUGGGUCCCAUUCGCCGCUGCUUCUGAGAUGUACUUGCACAGCGUUGCAGUCUGCGCGCCUGUGCAUACGUCUUGCUUGAACAUUUCACGCCUCCGCCCAACCUGCGAAGGCAAGAGUUGGAGAGUGUUUCGCUUAGCAUGGGCGUGCUUUGGUUCAGCUUUCAGGUCUCCUUCCGGGGAGUUUUUCCAGACGCCCGCGUCUUCCUUCCUUACAGGGACAGCCGCAUUCGAUGAUACCAUAGCCAACGUGCGUAUGUGACACACUAUCAUUGUGGACCUAACGCUGCCAAACCAACAAGUUGGGAGCGUUGUUCCUCAUGACGCGUUCUUUGUCGUAGCAGCUCGACUGCAGGUGAUUGAGAAUGUGACCGACAUAAUUUCGGCGCCGUGAUUUUCUCAA